CGUUUUCCGCGUUUUCCAUCUUCCGACAAAAAAAUAAGCACAAAAUUCCAAAAACUACAAUUUUAUUAUUUAUUGCCUGCCUUAGAUUUGUAAUGAUUUAUCGUAACAGUUCCGUGGAUUUUAGUGCAAAAUAAUUUUUAAUUCUAAAAACAACUUUGUAUGCAUUCACAAGCCCAGCAGCACCAGCAGACGUGAAAAAUGAAAAUGUUGACAUUCAAUAUGGCGGUAUGUCGUCAGUGCUGUGCUGUGUCGUGCUUGUGAGUACGGAUAAGAAGGAAUAAACCAAUAGAAUAGUAUACAUAUAUAACCAAGCCAAUGUACUACAGAGGUCCGAUUCAGCAAGCAUUGAAGACAUCUGAGGAUCUAGUGUAACAUAUUCAUAAGUAGAUUUUUUAGAAGUAAAGGAGAAUAGUAAUUUUGAAUUAUAAAAUUGAGACUUGAGUUUAUGUGACAGUGAUCUUGUGAAAACAAAGACUAUAAAAUGUAAUUUCUUAAAAAAAUUGUAAUUGCUUUAGAAAGGCUUUUAACACCACACGCAUUUUUCUGUGAUAUAUACUUUAUUGAAAAUAUAAAAGUGAGAUUUUUGACUCAUAUACAAGACAAGAGAAGCAAUGUCCAGUAAUCCUCAGUGGAAGAUGUUCCAACCGCCAGAUUCACAUUCAUCACCUUUGCAAGAUAUUUUAGAUCUUCAGCAUCCUAUGCAAUCCAAACAGGGGUUUCGAAAUGGAACAUACAGCAGUGAGUACCCAAGUUCACCAAGAGACAGCUACAAUAAUGGUGGAAAAAUGCGGGAUGGUGGUGGAAACCGUUUCUCACUAGGCAUGGGGAACUACAACAACUUGGAUUCAUGCCCCAUGGGGGACUCGGUGGGGGUCUACUCCCCAACAUCUACAAACAACUCAUCAUCUCAACAAUAUGAUUCUGUUAAUCACCCACCUAUUAGAGAAACUGGAAUUAUUGAAAAACUAUUGCAUUCAUAUGGAUUCAUACAAUGCUGUGAGAGGCAAGCUCGUCUAUUUUUCCACUUCAGUCAGUUUAGUGGAAACAUUGAACAUUUGAAAAUUGGAGAUCCAGUAGAAUUCGAAAUGACAUAUGACCGUAGGACUGGGAAACCUAUUGCUUCAACUGUAACCAAGAUAGCACCUGAAGUGGUACUAAGCGAGGCAAGGGUGACCGGAACUGUGACCACGGAGGUGAAAGGUGAAGGUUCUGGCGAUAAUACCGGGCGUAUUUCAUAUGAGAAUCGCGGCGAAUGUUUCUUUUUGCCAUACACUAAGGAUGAUGUGGAGGGUAAUGUCGUGCUGAGGACCGGCGACGCCGUCAGCUUCCAAAUUGCUACUAAUCAGAGAGGCACUCUAGGCGCGUGCCACGUUCGCUUCGAGAACCCCGUACACCCGGUGAAGUACCACGGCGUAGUCUGCUCCAAGAAGGAGAACUUCGGCUUCAUUGAACGCGCCGACGUCGUUAAAGAGAUUUUCUUUCACUUCUCUGAGGCCAAGACCAAGGAGGAACUGGCUUUAGGCGAUGAUGUCGAGUUCAUUAUCCAAACUAGGAACGGGAAAGAGGUUGCUUGCAAUAUAACGAAGCUGCCAAGUGGAUCUGUGGUGUUUGAGGACGUGAGCCCCGAGAUCAUGCGCGGGCAGGUGUUGAAGCCACUGGAGAGAGGAAACCUGCAGCGCGCGCAGCAAAACGACCCACUGCCAGGCCGCAUCCGGUACCGCGCCGCGGACCACUCCGAAGUAGAGGUGCCUUUCGGCGAUAAAGAUCAGUGCGGCGAAUUCACGUUGCGCCACGGGGACUGGGUGCAGUUCCAAGUGGCCACCGACCGCCGGGACCAACUCAAACGCGCCACCAAUAUCUCUCUACUUGACGAGUCUUUCAACGUGUCUGGCGAGAAGAGGGAGCAGGGGGUGGUGUGCUCGCUGAAGGAAGGGUUCGGGUUCAUUCGCUGCGUGGAGCGAGAGCAGAAGAUGUUCUUCCACUUCGCCGAGGUCCUUCGUCUUGGACACGAACUCACCGUAGCUGACGAGGUGGAGUUCACCGUGGACCCGGUGUCGUCGUUCUCGAACACGCCGCAGCGGCAGUCGGCCAUCCGCAUCAAGCACCUGCCCAGCGGCAGCGUGACCUUCGAGACGCUGCUCGAGCGCGCCGCCCGCGGAACGAUCGCCAAGACGCCCGUGGACACCAACCCGGGCACUAUAUCUUGCCAAGUGAACGGCGCAAAGAAGACGGUUACAUAUCUGGCCAAGAACUGUGAGUCGAAGAUGUUGCCGCGGGUCGGGGACAAGGUCACCUUCGACAUUUACCAGGUGAAGCGCACCAAAGAGCUGGUGGCGUGGAGCGUGCAGCUGCAGCACAGCCUCAGCAACGGCGGGCCGCGCGCGCUGCUGCUCGGCUUCAUCGCCGCGCUGAAGGACGGCUUCGGCUUCAUCGAGGCGCAGGACCACACCAAGGAGGUGUUCUUCCACUUUAGCAACCUGGAGGGCAGCGCGGACAACCUCGAGCUCGGCAGCGAGGUGGAGUACAGCGUGGGGCGCGGCGGCGGCGGCGGCGCGGGCGGCUGCGCCAGCGCCGAGUACGUGCGCCCGCUGCCCAAGGGCUCCGUCCCGCUGGCGCCGCCGCUGCAGCCGACGCUCUCGGGCAGCGUCACCAGGACUCUGAGGGCGCUUAACCCGGACCAGUCGCAUUAUUCUGGUCUAAUCCAAGUGGAAGGUGCCGCGUCGUACGAGUUCGGCAUCAUGGGGCUGGCGUGCAAGCGCGAGAUCCUGCAGGUGGGCGACCCGGUCAGCUUCAACGCGGACGCGGAGGGCCGCGCCACCAACAUCGUGCCUAUUAGGAAAAAGCGGCGCGCUACUGUCGAUGCUAUCAAAGGUGGAUUCGGUUUCCUGUCGCUAGACGGCGAGGAGGGGCGGCGGCUGUUCUUCCACAUGUCGGAGGUGCGCGGCAACCCGUCGGACCUGGCGCCCGGCGACUCGGUCGAGUUCGCCAUGCUCACCAACCCGAGGAAUGGCAAGUCGUCCGCUUGCAACGUCGUCAAACUCAGUAGCGGCACGCCGUGGGGCGGCAAGGGCACGACGCCGGUGCGGCCGGAGCGGCUGGCGGCGCGGCUGCGGCCCGCGGCGGCGGACGAGGGCUCCCCGCGCGUGGUGCUCCUGCGCGCGCCGCGCGGGCCCGACGGCGGCCGCGGCUUCCGCGCCCGGCGCCCGCUCGCCGAACUUCUCGCCGAGUGAAAAUGUACAAUGAUGUCGACACGGCCUGAACAUUCUACAAGUAUAUUUACAGUCUUAGGAUGUUUGAUUUUCAAUUUAAAUUGUUCAUUGUAUUCACGAGACUGACUGAUCCUGUUUUCUUUAGCGGCAUUUAGAAAGUGAUUUUGUUUUCGAUUAAUUUUAGGUAUCUUUCAUAGUUACUGUCACGUUAACUUUCAUGUGAGUUCAAGUAAAAAGGCUUAUACCUACUUAAUGAGCAAAGAACAUAUCAAGUUCUCGUUAGUGAAAUCCUUUGUUGCGAAAUGUUGAAGAGGUUCUUUUUCGCAUGAACAUGAUACACGGUGGGUGAAGGCUGGUCGGGCGGCGGCGACGCGGCGGCACCUAUUUGUAGAUCUCACCGAAAAUAAACAUAUUUGUAAAGCGUCACUGUUCUAAAUAACAAUAAUAAUAAUCGCUGCAAUGUGAUAGAUACAAAUUAAUGCAAUAAAAACGUUUUUUAUGAAGUCUUUGUGUAGAUUUUAAAAUAGUUCAUAAAUCGGAUGUUUUUGAAAAAUUGUGUAUUGCGAGAUUUAUCGUCAGUCGUAUUAGAUAUUACGGGUCAAAUCUCGUAUCGAUGUUUGUAACAAAGUGGUGUAUUUGUUAAUACAUAAGCGAAUAUUAUCAUGCGUGCCUUACACCUUCCACUGUUUGACGUGAUCUUACUGACCUCGUCAAACCGCGACUUUAUUAUCUACCUCACAAGAUCGCUUUAUGAUUAUGUUUAAUGUAAAAAUACCAAAAAAAAAAUGCAUUUUGCGCAACGCUUGAGGCGUAUUAUUUCGUCGGAGUAUUCUUGAAUUAAUGAAUUACAUGUGGUACUGACAAAAAAUGAAAUUAAUAACGAAAUAAUAAUGAGCGCGAUGUCCUCAAUUACUGGUAUGUAGAUGCGCUAUGGCGAUAUAUCAUUUAGAUGCAUGUUUAAUUGUAAUGCGUAAAUAUAAAUCGUCAUUUCAGUUAGGUACGUGAAUAUUUUAUUUCAUGCGGGAAUUUCUCGCGAUUUGGUGUUACUUUAAUUUUAUCAUCAUUUUGAUGUCUAUCUAUAAACUAAAGUCAAUCGUGUUCGUUGACUAAUCAAGCAAUUUACAAAUAUACUAGUUCCUAGGUCGGGCCAUAUGCCCCACGUCGAAAAUACAUCCAAGUGACUUUGUUAUAGAAAUAGAUUAGGUAAGAAACUGUGAUUAUAUCAAAAAAGUGCAAUAAGUUUGUUUCAAAAGGUCCUCACAGGACUGAGCUAGUCGUUUAGGAUGUUCGGUGUUGGCGCGCGCGCCCGCAGCCGCCGCCGCCGCCGCCGCCACUCCACGCGCCUUGAUUAUUCUACACCACUUGUAUCUUACAUGUCUAAAUGUGGUCUAAAUACAUAUUCUAAAGUCGUGUCUCUAAUGUUAUUCAUCUUGUAAGUGUUUCCCUUUUUAUGUAAUAGGAUACGAUCCCACAUAGAGGGUAUGAAUAAUCAGUCAUGUUUGUAAAUAAGUAUGGUCUCAUUCAACCCGGAUACACUAAAUUGUAUCUCAAGCGCAUAACCAAUCGGAGCACACAACUAAAAACUAGUUUUAUGAAAAAAACUAUGAAAUGAAAAAUGCAGUUAUAGAGGUUAUGCAAUGAACUGGAAUGGAACCAAAGACUGAGAAAAUUAUUUAUUACGUAAUCAAGUGAUUAAUCAUAUUGGUAUAGGAUUAACUGAAUGUACGCUGUAAUGUUUUCCAAAUGAUAGGGAGCGAGCCUCCUGCAUGUAAAUUUGUUGAUGAUCUACAUAACUUAGGGUUACUUUUUGUAUAUUUAAUAUUUGUCCCUCUUACAAAACUAUGAACAAUUGUGUCAACACUCGAAUCAAUCAUUUUAUGUUUAUUGCGUGCGCAAUAAUGUCUGUGAAGAUGAAUUCAGGCAUAGUAACUGUUGGGCGUACAUAUGAUGCUUCACUGGGCGUGAAGCGAAGUGAGUUAGUGAGCGGGCUGGCAGGCGGGCCGGGCGCGGCGCCGGCUCCGCAGAGUCGUUCAAAGCAAUAAUGAAGUGCCCCCACCCUCCCCUCCCUCGCCGAGCCCCCCCGCCUGCCUGCCUGCCCUGAUAACUCUACUAAUUAGCAACUAGUCUUGCAUGUAACAACUGCGACAACGCAGCUACCUUAUAUAUUGUAUUAAUGAUCUGUAAACUCAGGUUUAUAGAGAUGGCUGCCAGUUCAACAAAGCAUAUAAAUAAAUUUGGCGGACCAUAAUCAUAAUGCCUAAAAGAACCUCUAGAUCAAAAACGAAUAAAACAUUUAUUUAUACAGAACCUUUUCGUAUUGUAAAUUUUGGUAAUAAAAGAUAUUAUGUUAAGUUAGUUGAUUGUUUCUAUUGAAGUGUAACACCAUGGAAUUAUGUAAUUUAUGCCAAAUGUUUGUAAUGAGAGCAAUGUGUCCCCGGUCCAUUUGUAUUGUCGGUAAGCCUGCGAGCCCGAGCGUGCCUGAUUAUAUUCUAAAGUAGUGCAUAGGUUGUUGUGGACACGAGGCUUGCCUUCGCGCCACACGGCCCGGCGCAAGCUCGGUACAAACUGUUCGCGAGGCGUUGCCAAGUCAGAUUAUAGCUUAUUAUUACCAGUCAUUGCAGUACACUAAACUAUAUACUAAUAAACGAAAUUAUUAUACCA